GGAUGGAAAUCCGCAAACAACGUCGCCAAUCCUCACGUGAAUACUGUAUUGGCCCCUCCACUACACAACACAGGUAUAAUUAGUGUCUAUAUCUAUUUGUUCCUAUUAUAGAUAUGCACAUACUUUUUUGGAUCUUUAAAUAGGGAAUGCAGCAAGCAAACUGAAACAACAGCAAGCAUAGAAGAAUAAGAGGAAGAAGAAGAAGAAGGAAUGGAGAUCUCCCAGAAAUUCUCCAAGAAAUCCAAGGAUGUCUCGCUUCAAGAACUCAGAGAUAGGCUUGCAGAGUUUGCUAAAGUUAGAGGAUGGGAACAAUAUCAUAGUCCAAGAAACCUACUUCUAGCCUUGGUUGGAGAGGUUGGAGAGCUAUCAGAGAUAUUUCAGUGGAAGGGAGAAGUUGCAAGAGGACUGCCAAAUUGGAGCCCUGAUGACAAGGAGCAUUUGGAGGAGGAACUGUCUGAUGUAUUAUUCUACCUAGUUCAGCUAGCUGAUGUCUGUGGACUGGACCUUGGCCAAGCAGCUCUAACCAAGAUAGUUAAAAAUGCCAAAAAAUAUCCUGUUGUUGAAUAAUCAAACUUCUUCUUGCAACUAAAUUAAACUCCUUUCUACUGGAAAUUGCUGCUUGUGCAACAAUUUUGUCCCUCCUCAUGUAAUUUUCCCUACUUAAUAAUAAGAGUGAAUUUUCUUUAUAUAUA